AAGUCGGAGCAAAAAAGACUAUUGAAAGCGAGGUGAACACACGAACUGUUUGUCGAAGAAGAAUGUGAAGAUGGCUCUUCAGUUGAGGCAGUUGGGGAGAAGCAGACUACCUUUACUCGUUCACCAUCAUCGUAGCUACCACUCUCUAAGGAUAGUAAAAACACAGAGAAAUGUGUUUGGAACACGAACAAUGCUGUUCAAUAUACUGCCAAAGAGUAAACCAGUGGACUCAAGUCUCAACGAAUCAGGAACAGGACCAGUCACACAGCGUUUGCCCGAUUUCAGCAACUUUCCAGAGUCUGAAGUAGGAUCGCUGAAGCCCGUCGCUGAUUCAGUCACCAACUUGGCGGAAGCAGGCCUUGGCGACUCGUGGAGUCCAGUCAGCUUAGCACAGCAUGGACUGGUGGAGCUUCACAACACGUUGGGAUUGCCCUGGUGGGCCUCUAUUAUGAUUGGCGUGGCAUUCGCACGUGUGCUCAUGCUACCCGCACAGAUCUGGAGCUUGAGAACUGCCACCAGAAUUCACAAUCAUUUGCCAGAGGAGAUGAUCCUACAGCGUAACAUGGUCAAAGCAGCGCAGUCCAAAGAUCAAGACUUGGCAGUGGAGACCUACCAGAAGCUGACUGCCUUCUAUAAGGAGCACAAUAUCUUCCCACUGAAGCCACUCCGCUCUGCUGUGUACACGUUUCCCAUUACAGUCGUGGGUGUUGUGUCGGUUUUAGAGCUGUGCACGUUACAGCCACCAUUCACUGGUAUGGCAACAGGUGGCUUGCUGUGGUGGUCAAAUCUGUCCGUGUCAGACCCGUUCUACGUGUUGCCAGCAGCAUGCGGUCUAUUGACCAUGUUUAAUAUCAACUCUGGUGCCGAAACAGGUGUACAGCCGGCCGAGCGCCUGCGCAAGUAUGUCUGGACCAGCAUUCCCGGUGGAGUGUUCAUGCUGUGUAUGUUCAUACCGUCCGGCGUACAGCUGUACUGGGCCACAAACGUCGGACUGGCGAUGGUUGUCAGUCGACUAGUCAAGACCAAGCCGGUACGUCAGCUGCUCGGCAUUCCAGAGUGGAAGGAGCACUCGCGCGCGUCCAUCAUACGUGCUGAGGGUGUUGGUGGUGCGUCGUUCAUGAAUGACUUCAAGCAGGCCGUCAGACUUGCUGAGCUUGAGCAGAUGAAGAAUGACAAAGAGCUCAUGCGUUCGCGCUGGGCUGCAAACCUAGAGCAGAACACUAAGCUGCAUGAAGACCUUGUGGCCAGCGCUCGCCUUGAGAAGUUACAGAAACGUGACCAAACCAUGGAGGACGGUCGCAUCGAGGUACGGCCACGCAAAGAGGACUUGCAAGAAACUGAACUAACACACCGCCAGAUGGAAAAGCCGUAUAUGAAGCGUCCAGCUAGUCGAUCUGGUCCUGGACAGAGGCGGUCUAAACCAGCCUGAAUCUUUAGUCCACCCAGUCGAACUUUUGAGAGCUAUGCGGCUCUGCCCGCUUUUAAUAUAAUGCUUUUUUUAAUGUCACAAAAUUAGGUUCUUAUGCUAUACAGACCAUGUGCAAGCGCCUUGCCAUAUUUUAUGAACCCAUAUCUGAUAAUUUCAGUUCAUAAGUCUUGAUGGAAUCAUGCAGCAUAUUUCACCCCUUUGAGGUGACCAUAUCAGCUUUUAGGAUUUGAUUUCAUUCUUAUUUUUGUGUAGGUUUA